AUGGCGGACCGAGGAUACAGUUUUUCCCUCACUACAUUCAGUCCAUCUGGUAAACUUGUCCAGAUAGAAUAUGCCCUUGCAGCGGUAGCAGCAGGUGCACCGUCGGUUGGCAUUAAAGCAACCAAUGGAGUUGUCCUGGCAACAGAAAAGAAACAGAAGUCUAUUCUUUAUGAUGAGCAGAGUGUGCACAAAGUGGAGCCCAUCACGAAGCACAUUGGGAUGGUGUACAGUGGAAUGGGGCCAGAUUACAGAGUUCUUGUUCGACGAGCUCGCAAGUUGGCACAGCAGUACUCUCUGGUUUACCAAGAACCAAUUCCGACAGGACAGCUGGUUCAGAGAGUUGCUUCUGUGAUGCAGGAGUACACACAGUCAGGUGGUGUCCGGCCCUUUGGUGUGUCAUUACUCAUCGCUGGAUGGGACGAGGACCAUCCAUACUUGUUCCAGUCCGAUCCCUCGGGUGCAUAUUUUGCCUGGAAAGCCACUGCAAUGGGAAAGAAUUAUGUAAAUGGCAAAACAUUCCUUGAAAAGAGGUACAAUAAUGAUCUGGAAUUGGAAGAUGCUAUACAUACAGCAAUCUUGACACUCAAGGAGAGCUUUGAGGGUCAAAUGACUGAGGAAAACAUUGAAGUGGGAAUCUGCAAUGAGGCUGGAUUCAAGAGACUCACCCCUGCGGAAGUUAAGGACUAUCUGGCAGCCAUUGCAUAA